AUGCCAGCAGCUCGUGAACGUACCGUUGCACCUGGUGAGGAAGAGGCUGGAGCGGAGUUGAUCCUUGGCGAGUUCCAAGGCGUUCCAACCCUUUCGGUUUCUGAGGCCAAAAUGGUCAUCGACACACUUGUCACCCGCCGUAAGAAUCGCGAUCCAAAUGGAUUCCGAGAGACCGAGACCCUCAGUAAAAUGCAAGAGUACAUGGACACCUUCAGCCGAUUCAAGGACAAAGAAGCAUUGAUCGAAGCAGCUGGAUGGCUGGAAGACUACUCUGCAAAACUGGACUCGUUCGAGCGAUCACAACUUCUCACCCUCACCUGCGAAGGCGUCGACGAAGCGAAAACAUUAAUACCGAGUCUCGUGGGCAAGAUUUCGGACGAGGAACUCGAGGGCAUCAUCAAGGAGAUCCACAAAUACCGAGACUUCUCUGGUUGA